CUCCUCAUUUUUUAAGAUAUUUUUUCCCCCAGAUAUUUUAUACCUUAUUUUAGAUAUAACUUUGUUGUUUCUGUCAUGUUUGGAAGGUUAGCUCGCUACAUCCUCAGAAAAACGAAAGAAAAAAAAAUCAGUGUUCACUGUGAGUGGAAAUUUUGACUUAUUGAUGAAAUUGUAGUAGUAACAGCUGAGGGGUGGGCUGCAAGGAGCUGGAGGACAACGACCCCCGAGAGAGCACAGGUGAGGGGUUCAUCUGUCUAAAAAUACGCCCUGACUUUAGAUGUUUUUAUUUUUGUUUUGUUUUUUUCAUGUAGUGUUUACAUUCUCCGUGGACGUAUUUCCAAUAUGAGCACGGGCUUCUCUGAGUUGGGACGGAGUGAAGUUUUAGAGUUGGUUGAGAAAUAAUUCAAUAAGUUAAUUUUAUUGUAUUUGUACAUAUGACUGUUUCCAAAAAUAGUAUGAUCACAUUCUAUUUUUACUACCAGUAUUGCUAUUAAUAAUAACAAUGAUUACAUUCCAAAACACCCUUUUGUUUUAUCAACACUGUUUCCUUUCUGCAAGAUUUACAAUUUAGUUUAUCGAGAAACUUAUUUCUCACAAAUCCGGCAUUAAAAUUCGUAUUUAUGUAUAAUUAAUGAUAUUAUUUCAAUUUUUUUUUUUAAUUUACAGUACAAGAAAUAUUGGUACAAAUAUUUGCCUUAUGAUUUUUCAAACCAUUUUACAAUCACAAUGGAUUUUAUUCCAAUUUUAUGUAACAAACCAAACCAAUGUUCUCUGACCCAAUUCUAAUUUGAUUUACAUUCAAUUUUACAAUCGAAUUACAAUGAGAAUAAUUUUCAACAAUCCUGUUGCUUGCUCUUGUAACUUGAUCUAGUUCAUUUCUUGCUCUAAUCAACUGCACGUUGCUGAUUAAAUAAAUAAAGGAUUGUCUUGUAAAAGGAUGAAAAAUUAAUGAAAACUCAAGAGCAAUCAGAAACGAAAAAAAAAAUCAUGCACAGCUGUUUCCGGUAGGUACAUUUACGUUGUUUCUGUCUCCGUGUUGUUCGGCUGCGGGUUUCUGGCUCCUUCUGCACUUAUUUUUAUUUUUAUUUUUUUUUCUAUCUCCUCUUGGGUUAAUUGUAGGACUGAGCUAAUUACCGUGAAGCUGUAAACCCCUCCUGCUGGCAGCAGAUUGGUCAGCUCCGGGCGGACCCCCAGUGCCCUGACCCUGCCUGCUGCGGCGGGGCCAUGUAUAAGACGCAGGGGCCCCAGGCUGACAGCUGCUAUGAUAGCAGGAAUCAAACAUCACUUCAUGUUCUUCUUGUUCUUCUUUCUUCUUUCUUCUUCUUCGCUGUUGCCUGAACACUUCACAUCGACAGAAAGCGAGCUGUUUCUGCUCCGGCGGAUCUGUCUCCUGCUCUGUUGUGGUUUGGACUCACUCAUGGAGCUGUCGGAUAUUUCCUUCUCCAUUCCCUCUGCUGAUGACUUCUAUGAUGACCCCUGCUUUAACACCACUGGCAUGCACUUCUUCGAGGACCUGGAUCCGCGACUGGUGCAUGGGGUCCCGCUGAAACCCGAGGAUUCCUGCUCCCCCUCCUCCUCCUCCUCUUUGUCUUCAUCAUCGCCCUCACCGUGCCCCCACCUGCAUCACCAGCUCCAACACCCGGAGGCAGAGGACGACGAGCACGUCCGCGCCCCCAGCGGGCAUCACCAGGCGGGCCGGUGCCUCUUGUGGGCCUGCAAGGCUUGCAAGCGGAAGACCACCAACGCGGACAGACGGAAGGCGGCGACGCUGCGUGAACGCCGGCGGCUCAGCAAAGUGAACGACGCCUUCGAGACACUGAAGCGCUGCACGACGGCCAACCCCAACCAGAGGCUUCCCAAGGUGGAGAUUCUGAGGAACGCCAUCAGCUACAUCGAGUCUCUGCAGGCGCUGCUGCGCGGGGGCCAGGAGGAGGGCUUCUACCCUGUGCUGGAGCAUUACAGCGGGGACUCGGACGCGUCCAGUCCCCGCUCCAACUGCUCCGACGGGAUGCUGGUCCGAAGAGGUGUCGCAGCUCGGUGGUCUCCAGUCUGGACUGCCUAUCCAGCAUUGUGGAGCGGAUUUCCACAGACGGCAGCAGCUUGCAGCCCGGGCCUGAAGCCUCCGGCUCCCCGGCCUCCUCAGCUCCUCUCAGCGAGGCAGGAAAGGCCCGAGAAGCCACUCAGAUCCCCUCCUCCCCCGACAACCAGGACCCAAACCUCAUCUACCAAGUCCUAUAAAGCCUCCCGCUCAGCACAGCUGGAAAAUAACACGCUGCCUUGUUGUAGAGUUAUUACUGGAAAACACUUAUUGUAACAAAAUGGCCUCGUUAUUCUGCUUUUAAAGAGUCUCCGGCAGCUGUUAGCAGCCUGACAUGCAUCCAUCACGUCAAAGCUCCUUCCUGCCGGGAAGAAAAAACUAAUUUAAGUCAACUAACUAAACCUGUCUAAGUUUUUAUCCGAGGACAGUGGACAUUUUUUUAAAUUAGUUUUGAAAUUUAAUUUAAUGUGAUUUUAUAUUUCACUAGUCUUAAUUGAAACUUUAAACAUAUUAAUGAACUUCAACAUGUUUUUCCAAAUAAAAAUCUAAAAACUAAGUGAAUAGACCAAAUUUAUUAUUAUUAUUAUUAUUAUUAUUAUUAUUAUUAUUAUUAUUAUUAUUAUUAUUAUUAUUAUUAUUAUUAUUAUUAUUAUUAUUAUUGUACAGUUUCCAUCCCUGUUGAAGAGGUAACUAAGUAGAAACUUGUCACUACUUUGGUACCAGAAGGUUGAUUGUAUGAAUGCUAAACUAAUAAGAAUAAUUUAUUUUCUCCCCACAGAUGAUUUUCAAAGACUACAUUAUUCCACUUUUUGGAUUACGUAACUGGAUUCAACAGGAUUCUACUAAUAACUUUUUGUUUCUAUUUAAGUUAUAUGAAAAAAAAAAUCAUUUAAUGAAAUAAGUCCAACAAGCAUCCAGUAACAUUCCUCCACUCUCAUCCUUCCUUCUAAAGUCCAGGAGAUUCCAGUAGAUCUGAAAAUACCAAAAAAAAAAAAAUCUCCUGCAGAGAAAACCUACUGACAAAAAUAAUAGAGUUCAGCAGUUGGAGAAGUAAUCUACUGUUUGUGUUUUAUUGUUUGUUUUUAAGCUCCUGUCAAAUCCAGACCCAGAAGUCUCUGUCAGGACCAUUCAAUUUUAUUUAGUUCUUGUUUCUGUACAUAUCAUGUAAAUAAGAGCUGAUUUGUUUCAUGUGAAGUCAUGCAUUUUUAUUUAAUGUUCCUCUUUGUAUUGUUUGUUGUUGUGAGAAGAUUGCCACCUUUAUAUUUAUACUGCUGAAAAUUGUGUGAAAUUUUUAAGGAAAAUAAAUCCACCGGCUUAUUUAUACAAAAAGCCUAAUGUUGAUACUUUAUUGGAUUUCAAGAAUUUUUAUUUAAAGACUAAAAUAAUUUUAAAAAUUACCUCUGGAUGGAUGAAACCUGACCCAUCCUCAGGUUGGCUCAACACAGACCAGCAGGUUUUGACAAAGGAAGGAUGUUGACAUUGUCAUCUGCUGGUGAAGCUGAGAAAAUGCCGUGUUUUUUUUGUUUUUUUUCCCAGCUUUUAAAACCAUUUUUUGGAUUUUAAGAAGUUGUUAUAGAAGAAGACAUGAGGCUUUUUUUGCUUAUUGAUGAGUGUCUCAUUCUUGGAAAAACGUUAGAAUUUGACAAAAUGUUACAACCCAAUUUGGACAAAACAGCUUGAAACAUGCUUCUCUAUUUAAAAUAAAAGUACCAUAAAGGUUUUGGAAAACAGAGGAAACACAAAGUCCCUGCCACUAAAUAUUGUUUCUAGUCUUUUGUUUAUUGUCUAAACGAAAGACUAGUUUUCUCUGUAACAGGCUAAACCUGCUUACAAUAAAACUAUAUUUGACUGUAUUGGGAGAAAUUCUAUAAAACUUUUCUUUUCUGCAUUAUUGAUUAGAGGAGCAACUCUUUGUGUGUUAAUGAAAACAGUGAGUGUAAUUUAAAUGUAAAGUCUGAUGGAGAGAGAGAGUGAGAAGUUCUGACUCAGAACUUCGACCAGUUCUGAUCUACAUGUUUUGGAUUUCUAAGGGCCACUUAUCUGCUCUAAAAACAAUCCAUGUUCCCAGAGUCAUGGUCCAUUCCAGACAACUCCUAGUCAACGUGGAUGUUGCCUUUGAACAAAGGUUUCCUUUUGGCAGCAGAAAGUUGGAUAUGUUGUUGUAGCACACCCAGCCGUUUCUCUAAAUUCUCUAAAACUACUGAUGAAUGAAUUACAGUCACAACACUGGAAAUCUCAUCAAACAAAAUACUAAAUAAGCAUGAGAAUCCCCUUUUUUAAUUAUCACCAGUAUUUUAAUAUACUAACAGUAAAUUGAUUGAUAAAUUUAAAAAAAUCAGCAGGACAAAGUUUAAAUUUUAUUUGAAAUACUUCUCUAUGGUGAGCCAUGUAAUAUAUUUAUUUCUGACCAAGAAGGAUGAUGGAUUAUGUAACAUCAAAGCUCUUGAGAAUGGCCAAAGAAUCUCUGAUGUUCUUGCGCCUGAAUAUUAUUCU